AUGACUGAAGUUUAUAGUGACAAUGUGCACUUCAGAUUGCACACGGGCGAAAAGCCGCUGAAGUGCUCCGAGUGCAACAAGACCUUCCGCCGCCACUCGACCCUUUGCCAGCACAUGAAGAAGCACCGCGGCAUACGGAACCACAUCUGCUCCGUCUGCAGCAAGGGAUUCUACGAGGUGUCCAAGCUCAACGCCCACAUGCGGGUCCACACGGGCGAGCGGCCGUUCGAGUGCCAGUACUGCGAGCGCAAGUUCGCGCAGCAGUCCGCCCUCAUCUACCACAGGCGGACGCACACCGGCGAGAAGCCGUACACGUGCAAGCUCUGCCCGGCUCGCUUCACCACCUCGUCGGCGCGCAACAACCACAUGGUCACGCACACAGGCAACAAGAGCAGGUUCGUGUGUCCGGUUUGCUUCAAGGGGUGCACAUCCCGCGCGGACCUGCGCGUCCACUCGAGCAAGCACACGGGCGAGAAGCUGUUCGGCUGCGAGCUGUGCUCGCAGCGGUUCAGCUCGGCGUCCUACCUGGCGGUGCACCGGCGCCAUCACACCGGCGAGAGGAAGUACCAGUGCAACGUCUGCGGCAAGGCGUACAUCGAGUCCAGCGCGUACAAGAAGCAUCUGAGAACGCACGAGGGCAAGGAAGAGGAGGCACCGGCUAAUGCGGAGGCGGGCUCCGAAGUGGCUGCGAACAGUGCCGACGGCCAGGGCAAGGACCAGGAAACGGGGCUGGUGAGCCUCGGCGAGGAGCAGCUGGACGCCCAGGCCCAGGAGGCCCCGCCCCAGGAGGCGGCUGCGCAGAGGCGCUUCAAGUGCGGACUCUGCGUCAAGACCUACAUGUACCUCCACAGCCUCAAGAAGCACAUGAUGACCCACAUACCGCAACAGCAGGCGCAACAACAACAACAACAGCAACAACAGCAACAACAACAGCAGCAACAACAGCAGCAACAACAGCAGCAACAACAGCAACAACAGCAACAACAACAGCAACAACAACAGCACCACCAGCACCACCAGCCGCAGCUGCAGCAGCAGGUGGUGCAGGUGGGCGGGGUGCCGCAGCUGGCCGUGCCGCUGCAUGCCCAGCACGUCCAGCAGGGAAUAGCAGUUUCGGGAGUGCAGGGACAGCACACUUAUCCCGUCAUAUCGUCGGUACAGUCGUUGCAACUGCAGCAAACCCAUCAGCAAGUCAACACGCAACAGCCUCAACAGUUGCAAGUGCAAACUAUACAAAUUCAUCCGCAGCAUCAGCCAAUACAAAUACACGCUGUGGGUGUACAGCAAGUGCAGCAACAACAGUUGCACGUGGCGACAUCCAGCUGCCAGACGAUGCUUCCAAACAUAUUGCAGCUCCAGCCGGCGACAGUUGCGGUGUCGGGCCUGGGCCAGCAGGAGUUGGGUGGGGUCGCUCACCGAAUAAUACUGCAGCAGCCGCCGACCCAUCCCGCCUUGUACACUAUACACCAC